GAUUUCUUUGGAUUGAAAUUCGUAUAAUAUUUCCAAGUUAAAAUUCAGAUUAUCAAAUUAAUUUUCUAAAAAAUGUAUAGCCUCUUUGAGAAGACCUACAAGACUUGGACCCCUUUUAACAUCCACCUCUACUGUAUAUAUGUCUCAUUAAUUUUGAUUUGGGACCAAUACAAAGCGCCGUUUGUUAAGGAUAUCUUUCUUUCUUAAAAAAAUUGGCUAUGGUACCUCUGAUUUCUACUACUAGUAGUAUCUUUCUUUCUCUGUCUACUUGCUUUUUCUUCAUUGGCACCUCAACCAUGCCGUGAAGAUCAAAGUCUUGCCCUUAUAAGAUUCAAGCAAACGUUUACUGCUGGGAAAUCUCACGCAAAAAUGAGUUCAUGGAAUAUGAGCAGAGAUUUCUGCUUAUGGGAUGAAGUCAAAUGUGAUGAGAUGACCGGCAAUGUGAUUGAACUUGACCUUGGUUGCAGCGCUUACUUGCAGGGAAGAUUGAUCCCAAUAGCAGACUAUUCCAACUUUCUCAUCUCCAAAGGCUCAAUCUUUCUAGGAAUGUCUUCUUUCCUUCGAAAAUAUCCUAAAUUUGGCAGGUUUUCCAACUUGACACAUCUUGAUCUUUCCUACUCCUUUUUCACUAGUCGAGUUCCUUAUGAAAUCUCUCAUCUUUCUAAAUUGCAUUCUCUUUAUCUCAAAUCGUAUUUGGCUUUUAAUACUCUCAUACUGGAGCCUCACAAUUUUAAAGUGCUACUUCAGAAUUUGACCUAGUUAAUAGAGCUUGAUCUUACUGCUCUGGACAUCUCUUCGACCAUUCCUCUGAAUUUUUCUUCUCAUAUAACAACUCUGAGCCUUGACCAGUUAGGAUUGCAUGGGAUAUUACCUGAGAUAUCUUUCACCUGCCAAACUUGCAAGUUCUUACCAUGUCAGGCAAUUAUCAACUCGGUGGUUUUUUUCCAACAACCAUAUGGAACAGCAGUGCAUCUCUCAUGCAGUUAGAUCUCUCUAAAGUGAAUUUUUCUGGUAAUUUGCCUGAAUCCCUUGGCUAUCUAACUUCAUUGCAGUCCUUGACACUCUUUUUUUGUAAUCUCUUGGGACCUAUUCCAAAAUCGCUUUGGAAUCUUACUCGUAUAGUGUCGAUGGCCAAUUGCACAGAGUUGGAAGUUCUUGACUUAGGAAAUAAUAACCUGAAUGAUACAUUCCCUAUAUGGUUGGGGACUCUUCCAGAGCUACGAGUUUUAAUCUUGAGAUCCAAUAAAUUUCACAGACCCGUUAGAGCUUCAAGUAGUACAAGAUUGUUUCCUCAGCUUCAGAUGAUAGAUCUCUCUUGCAAUGCAUUUACAGCAGAAUUACCAACAAGUCUUUUUCAAGAUCUGAAAGGCAUGAGGAGAAUUGAUCAAACAAUGAAGGCACCAAGUGAUGGAGCGUAAACAUAUUACCAAGACUCGGUAACUGUUGUAACAAAGGGAUAAGAGUUUGAAGCUGUGAGGAUCUUGUCUUUGUACACCACUAUGGAUAUUUUAAGUAACAAAUUUGAAGGGCAUAUUCCGAGUAUGAUGGGAGAUUUCAUUGCACUGUGUGUGUUGAAUUUAUCUCACAAUGGGUUGCAAGGUCAUAUACCGACAUCAUUUGGAAAAUUAUCUGUAUUUGAAUCAUUGGACCUUUCAUUUAACCAGCUUUCGGGAGAGAUACUAGAAAUGCUUGCUUCUCUUACAUAUCUUGUAGUUUUAAAUCUCUCACGCAAUUAUCUUGAAGGAUCCAUCCUGAAAGGACCUCAAUUGGGUACAUUUGGGAAAAGUUCAUAUGAAGGCAAUGAUGGAUUACGUGGAUUCCCAGUUUCGAAAGAUUGUGGAAGUAGUCGGAGACAAGAGACAAACAAUGCGGGUGAAGAAAACGAUUCGUCAUUUCUGAGUGAACUCAGCUGGAAAGUGGUUCUUAUAGGAUAUGGUUGUGGACUAUCUAUUGGAUUCUCCAUAGCAUAUC